AUGCUCGCAGCGAACCGCUUCAGCAUCCUAGCCGGGCUCAACCCAUCUCCAGAGACCAAGUGGGGGUUUGACUUUGUCCCAACUUCGAGAUCUGGCACGAAACGACGUGGCAAGCGGGUUGGCAAGCAGCAGAGACUCAAGCACGCUCCGAAGAAGACAUGCGAGAAGCCUAAGGGAGAUGGUCUGGAUGAGCUCUGCAAACAAUAUGCUGCACUGCGUCUGGGCGAUAAUGCGCCAACAGCAGCAUCGCAAGUUUCGCAUCACGAGCUGCGGUCCAGCACACCGACUAGAGGCUCAACACCUGAUGUGACUGCUGUCAGACAUCACUGGGCUCCACAGUUUCGUCCCAACUCGCUACCAACACCACGGGGCACCUUAACCGAGCCAACAAUCGUUCAUUCAACGACCCUUCUGCAAGAGCCACAGCGCACCCUGCUCUCGCCGAAAUCGGUCCAGGACCCCUCGACUGACGUUUCGCUAAGUAGUCGGAAACCCUACUCUCGAUUUCCCCUGUCAGCUUUUUUGAAAGACCUUACCUCUCCAGCCGACUGCGUAGGAUACUGGCCACCGAAAACCCCAGCACCUGAGCCAUCACCUCCUCCUCAGGCCAACAAAGUGACCAAAUCACCUACUGCUGCUCCACCUGCAACACCAGCUCAAUCUGCGACGGCAGCAGCAGCCUGCAGCGCUCUUGUACUGAGUCGGGACACCGCAUCCCCGUCAAGCAAUGCAAUAAGGACGCGUCAGGCGGCGCCAGCGACGUCGUCGUUGUCUACCAACACAGUACCUACGUACAAACGUUUCCCUGCGUUUGGAGUCCCUCCAUUCACGCCAUCCCCAGGGUCAGUCCCUGCAUCAUCACCCAUUCUUGCUCUGCCGCCGGCACCAGCAACGCGACCUACUACGCCAACUUCUCCACAGCCGAAAUCGUCUUCGGCAGUCAGUCCAACCGCGUUGCCCACUAAUUGCAGGCCAGCUGCCGCAUCAAACGCUGCGCCACCACUGCCAGUGCUGCAGAAAUCCUCCAUAACUCGUCCGUCACGUCCACCUGCUCCGCAAAAGUCGCCUUGGGGCUGGCAAGAAGUAUCUGAAGGGAUCACCAUUUUCAACACUUCGCCGUCGGCCUUGAUCACCGCACCUGUUACAUCUCCGUACCCAUUUGUGUACCCACCACGGCCGUGGACGCCAACAGCUGUACCUAAAGACCUCUUCAAAGACACAGCCGCCGUACCAAGCAUGUUGAGAAGGAAGUUUGCUUUUAGCCCUCCUUCUCCUGAGGUCCAGAAGGAGCUGGAAGACUUCCUGGACAUGGGUCAUGCCGAUGACUGCUGGUGCUCCAGCUCCAAGCACCGACAGUCAAACAGUAAAGCACCAAGUAUGGGCACCGCUGUCGGCGAGCCGCAUCUCCAUGCGCCACAAACAGACUCGAAGGAUCUCAAAGGCAGUUUGCACGUAACAGGCUCAGAGGUGGCAGCAGAGUCGUCUCAAACUCUUCAGGGCCUGUCAGACUUGUAUGUCGAUGUCGAGGAUGACUCCUCCGACAGUGACGCCGUACUCGCGACCCCCUCAUCGGAAGGUAGUAGUUCUGGGUUCGAAGACUUCUUUGGUGUCCAUGAGGUCUUGCAUCCCUUCGCCUCAGAUGAUGAUGAGUGGGUUGCGGUUUCCCCUCGCUUGCAAGCGCGACGACCAAGUUCCCUGCCCUCCUCACGAACAGCGUCCGCUGUCUCAGUGCAGACUUCGAAUUCCACCUCUGUGGUGGCCCCACCGACUACUUCUCUACCAUCGCCUCCGGAAACUCCUCCACUGUCAAUAUGCCAUGCAUGGGCCUCAGAUGCUGAGAGCGAGACAGACUAG